UUCAGAGGAGGAACUGCAUCCUUCAGAGAAGUUUCUAGUUUAUCAGUGAAGCAGGAAGAGAAGCAGUUAGAAACCAUCAGCAGCUCAGGAUGAAGGUCUGUUUCACUCUGAUCUGCCUCUUCUUCCUCAAAAUGAACCAGGAAGUAAGAGGAAAAAGACAUUUAGAGAAUUUAGUUCUGCAGCAUAAAAAAACUGUGGGACCCAUCUACAGAAACGAAGGAGAAAACAUCACAGUUACAUGUGAAUUUGGUUACACAGGAAAGACAAGGUUCUUCUGUAAGGAAACUUGUAAAGGAAAAAAUAUUCUCAUUCAAACAACUGAAGACAGAGAUGAGAAAGGAAGAUUCAGCAUCAGAUAUGAAGAAAGAAGUCAUACUGAAUUUGAUUUUCUACAUGUGAGCAUCACAGAUCUGAAACCGUCAGACUCAGGACGAUAUCGGUGUCGCUCAGAUGGAACUGUGCUUUUAAAUUUGUUUGGAAAUCAACAUGCUGAUUUUGAUCUUGUUGUGACUGAAGAUUUUUCUAAACCAAAAUGGACUCCAAGACCUUUAAUAAGAUCAACUUUUGUCCCAGCAGCUUCACCACCACCACCACCACCAACAACAACAACAACAACAACAACAACAACAACAACAACAGCAGCAGCAGCUUCAACAACAACAACUCAGAGUUUUUCUCCUUCUCCAUCUGAAACCAUCAAAUCCUCUGAUAAACCAGCUGCAGCUUCAGAUCCUUUGCUUUAUGUGGGUCUGAGUCUGGCCAUCCUGAUCAUCUUGUUAGCGACGGCUCUGCUGAUUUUCUGCCAGAGGAAAAACCUCCAUCAACAGAAAGGUCCUCCAGUGAAAAAAGAUCCUACUGACUUCACAACGAUCAACACCGUUUAUGAGGAGAUCAGAGAGAAGGACAGAGAGAACAAACCUCCUGCUGGGGAAAUAACUUCAGUUUACGCUUACGUCCAGUCCAACAAACCAAACGCAGCUGAAAGCAACGAAAUAUACAGCCUGGCCAGCAAACCGCAGGGGCAAGCUGAAGAGGAAGACAUAGAGUACUCUGAAGUGCAGCUGCCGAACGGUGCCAUCAGAUCAAACGGCGGCCAUCUUGCUGCUUCAGAUAACGUCACCUACUCAGAACCUCGGUUAGCCACGAGCUCAGGUAGCCAUGGCAACGGGUCACCUCCUCUUUAUUCCACCAUUACUUCACAAGAGUAGCUUUGCUGUGGAUCUGCCGUUUGCUUGUCCUCAGGGAAAACUCAAACCCAUUAGCUCUAUAAUUAGCUUUGAGUCACUAAAACUGUAAAUUUAAUUAAUAUGCUUUUGUAGGACACAUGCUAACCUGUUGUAAUGGACCAUAAAAUCCAUAUAAUAUGGAUUCAGAAACAGACAAUAUCAAAAUCAGUCCACAUGGUGAUUCUUUGAGCGUU